AACGGACCAAAGCUAAGUGCCAGGCGAAAUGGAAGUGAAAAACGCUAACGCUGCUAUGCUCAGCAACUAUGAGGUGUUCAAACUGCUGACAGACUUGAAGGAACAGAGGAAGGACACCGUGAAGAACAAACACAGCUCCGGGCAGCAGAACCUCAACACCAUCAUGUAUGAGACGCUAAAGUACCUGUCGAAGACGCCCUGCAGCAGGCAGAGUCCAGAGAUCAUCAAGGAGUUCCUCACCACCAUGAUGCCUGAAAAACUCACAAAGGCAGAAAAACUGCAGCUAUUGAACCACCGGCCACAGACAGCAGUGGAAAUUCAACUAAUGGUGGAAGAGAGUGAAGAGCGGUUAUCAGAGGAGCAGAUUGAGGAGCUCAUCCAGACGGUUGCAGACGCCCUACCCGGUGACCCGGAGCAGGAAAACGCAACUUCAGGAGAUGCAGAGAUGGAGGAAGCUGGUGAACAAUCAUGACACAGUGACAGGCCAGAAGUGACUCAUGCUGUAGGUGGAGAACUGGAGCGAAGUCGAAAAUGAUUACAGAACCAGACUGGUUGCUUUUACCUGCGCCACUUUGCGUCACUGUUGGACCUGAACAACUUGCUCAGAGAUUGGACGCACAACGGCUGUCUGGCUGUGGCUAAAAGGACCUUCUUACAAUUGAAGUGCCUCAUUAAAUGAUUCACAUUGAGCUGAGUCAUUCAAUGAAUGAAAGAAGAUAAACAGGUUGCUUCUGAUUUUCAUUUGCAUGCAUAGAUACAACUGGAUUCAAAUCAAACAUGCACACGCUGUCAUAAGUACAGGUUUUGAUGUGUUGUUUUGCUUCUGACUGCUCUAAUUUGUAUUUCACAACAGAUAAUGUGUAUGCAGAGACAGUGUGCUAUUAUAUUUUUUGGUUUCUGACUUAAUGUCAGUCCUGACAUUCUACCAUGUUGCAUAGAAAUAAAGGUUUUUAUAAGUCAGUCAUGCAGUCAACUGGCAUUGGUGCACAGUGCUAUCAUAAGGUCAGACAGUAUUAUUAGAGUGGCUACGUAAUAAAGCAGGUAGACGGUA